AUGACUCAGACCCGAGUCUUGAAUGAGGCAUGCGGCUACAUGGCCAAGGCGCUGCAGCCGAUCAUGUACCUGCAGCGGUACAUUCCUGGCAUGGAGUCUGCCGAAGUUCAGGUCCUGCCUGCUGUGGAGCAGAUUACCGUCGGGCCAUACGCGGCAGUGACGCAGGACACUGACGGUACCCAGCUGCGGUACGACAAGGACAACAUGUGGCAUGAAAGCAAAGACGAGAAGAUCGGCGAUAUCACCACGGCAAGUGUUUGGGCCUACGACGUGGUUGAUUCCUUUCGCCUGCAGUUCUCAGACGGAGGAGAGGAGCGGGGUGGUUCUUCCACAGGUGGGCAGGAAUAUUCCUACGGUCUGUCGGACAAGUACAUCACUGCCGUAACGAUGUACUUCGGGAAUCCCAGCUUCUCGUAUGCAUCGGGCGAGGUGAUCAAGAUGUCUCUGAGCUUCUCUGACGGCACCUCCACAGGGAUACCAGGUGGCCACAACCCCUCCGUCUGGGCCAAUCCCAUAGGGAUGACUGCCACUGUCGCGGAUGAUGCCUCAUAUAAAAUGGUGGGCGCCAGGCUGGGACGCAGUACGGGUCACUACUUCGGCUAUCUGGAAGCGACCUUCCAGUUCGUGGCGGUGGAUCUGUGGCAGGCUGCGGAAUCUGCAGCCACCAGCAACCUUACUACGGGAGACAGGCUGGAGAAGAACCAGGCACUUCAGUGUCCCAACCGCCAGUACAAGCUGCUCGUGGAAGAGACAGGAAAUGUUGCCAUCUACAACAUCUACGACCGCAAGACGUGGGAAACGGACACCGGCGGCCAGUGCACAGAUGACACACCGUUCCUGACGCUCCAGGAAGAUGGCAAUUUGGUGCUGUACUGUGGCACGCAGGCUAUGUGGACGACCGAGACGGAGGAUUCCACUCGCCAGCACUGCCGGGUGGCGGCAUUGGAAGUCACAGGCUAUUUCUCUUUGUACAACGUGCCGGAUCUGACUGGUGUCUGGUCCAGCUCGGGCACGAUUCCUGUUGGAUUCGGGAGGAGCAAUAUGACCAGCCCAAACGUGCUCUUUCCUGGCAUGCGUCUCGUGCAAACGACCUUCUACGACUUCACACUCUCCGAGGGUGGCAAUGUCGCCUUGAAAGAUUGGUCGCAUGGGCAGGAUCUCUGGUCUACUGGGACAUCCUGUGAUGCAGCACCGAAGGAGAUUCAGCUCAAGAUGCAGGAGGAUGGCAAUCUUGUCCUCUAUUGCGAUGGGGCUGUUGCCUUCGCCACCGGCACAGCUGCUGGGUUUUUGCUAAGGACGUUAAUCUAA